AUGAAACGUCCAUUUCUGCCGCUACUGCUCUGUAAGCUCUAUAGCCGUAGACACGAUACCGACGAUCCGACUAAUGUAGCCAACAGUUCUGUGCGCCCUGAUAGCGUUGGUGUUCGCGCGCGAAGCAUCCGUUGACGACCUCCAACAGCAGCAACCACUACAGGAACGCCCAAUCCCAUCCGAUGCCGCAGAAUGGACCGCAGCGAAGACAAACCAGGAAGAUGGGGCGUAUGGCGAGAGGGAAGAGGACACGCAGAGUAGUGCGGUGAUAGAAGCGAGUGCGAUAUUGUGGAAGAUCAAACCGCCCAAGACGUCCCAACUGGCCAGCUUCGUUCGCAAGCCAAAAGGCGUACUUGGGACAGUCGCUUACUACGCAAAGGAAGCGUUCCUGCUCCUCUUCAUGAAUGGUCCCAAACAAAGCGACCUCUUGACCACAUCUACGACCACACAACCGACGAAACUUGCGCCAACCCUUUCCCGAGCUGUGAAGAUUCUGGACGAUGCGGCUAGAGAGAACGAUCCGGCAGCCAUCCUACUCCUUGCCGAUAUCAACUUCUACGGCAACUACUCCCACCCGAUAGACUACGAUGCCGCAUUCACGAGGUACAAGCAGUUAGCAGACCUGAACGGAAACAGCACGGCUCAGUACAUGCUGGGAUUCUUGUACGCGACCGGAUUGGCACCAUCGGUCCCCUCGGACCAAGCAAAGAGCAUGCUAUAUCACACCUUCGCUGCUGAGGGCGGAAAUACAAGGUCGCAGAUGACACUCGCGUAUAGACAUCUUGCUGGUAUCGCCACGCCCCGGAACUGCGAUGAGUCGGUCAGCUGGUACAAGCUGGUUGCAGACAAGGCCAUUCAGUACUACCGCUCAGGCCCGCCGGGAGGCCACAGUCUAGUUCGUGAUGCAUAUAGGAUAGCUGACGAAGCAGGCGGCGUGUACGGUGAAGGGGCUAGUGUGGUAUCGGCAGGGCACAACGCAAGGCAAGGCGGACCCACAAGUGAUGCCUACGCCAAUGUCGAAGACGUACUGGAAUACCUGCAUCUACAAUCAUCCCGAGGCGAUCUCAAAGCCACAUUUGGACUGGCUCGACUUCAUUAUGACGGCGCACGAGGCCUCAGACGGGAUCUCAAACUCGCAAAGGGAUAUUUCAUGGAUCUUGCGCGAGAGUAUUGGUCUGCCAAUGGUAGAGUGAAGAAAGAUGUUCCCCAAGGAACGGAGCGGCUUGCCGCAAAAGCCGCUGGAUAUCUCGGUCGUAUGUUCCUACGAGGUGAAGGCAUGGAGCAGAGUUUCUCCAAGGCCAAGAUCUGGUUCCAACGGGGAAUCAGCAAUGGGGAUGCACUGUCGCAAUAUAGCAUGGGACUGAUGCAUCUCCACGGUCUUGGCCUGCCCGAAGAUGCUGUCAAGGCCGCUGAGUACUUUGCGGCCGCGGCCGAUCAAGAUCUCGCCGUUGCGCAAACGCAACUCGGUAAAUUGUUCUUGGACCAAGGAGAUGCGGCCAUUGCGACCAAGUACUUCGAGCUCGCUGUGCGUAACAGUCACAUCGAAGCAUUCUAUUACCUCGCCGAAAUGAACCACAAGGCAAUUGGCCGAGAUCGGUCCUGUGGAAAUGCGGCGGUCUACUACAAGAUUGUCGUGGAGAAGGCUGAAGCGAUUUGGUCUUCCCUGGGGGAAGCUGCGGACGCAUAUGAAGAAGGCGAGAACUCACGUGCACUGAUAGACUACCUGAUGGCUGCUGAACAAGGCUCUGAGAAUGCUCAAGCCAAUGUGGGCUGGCUCUUAGACCAGACUGAGCCGCGCUGGUCUCCGCUCACAUGGCUUGCUUCGGCAAAGAAGGACGCUACAAAUGCAAUCAAUAACGCAGCGCUGGCCUUGAUCCACUGGACUCGCUCUGCAAAGCAGAACAAUAUCGACAGUCUCGUGAAGAUGGGCGACUACUACCUUGCUGGUCUCGGAGCCCGGGCGUCGGCCGAACAUGCUGCCGCUUGCUAUCAAGCUGCCGCGGAAACACUUCAGUCAGCGCAAGCGAUGUUCAAUCUUGGGUGGAUGCACGAGAAUGGCAUUGGCAUUGAGCAGGACUUUCAUCUCGCAAAGCGAUUCUACGACCAGGCUCUCGAGACGAAUCGAGAAGCCUAUCUCCCGGUCAAGUUGAGCUUAUUCAAGCUCCGCUGGCGAUCAUGGUGGAAUGGCGUGACUCGGGGCGGUGUUCAUGGCAUCGAGGAAGAGCAGGAGGUGCGAAAGCGCAGAAGCUUCGCCGAGUGGUUGAAUGAUUUCCUGGAAGCUGACGCUGCCUACUACAACGAGAACUUCGAGGCCGAUGACUGGGAUCCUAAUGACCCCAUUCCAGGCGGCGACGAGUAUUGGGAAGGCGGCGAAGAGUACGAUGACGGCGUUCUCGAGACGCUGCUUAUUGGCGGACUCGUGGCUGCCCUUGGAUAUCUCAUCUAUUACCGACAACAGCAGCAACGAGCGGCCGAACAGAGAAGAAGACAGGCUUUAGAGGGCCAGCAACAAGGCCAGGGAGGUGGAGAGCAGCAACCUCCGCCUCCUGCGCCCGGCCAGCAGCCAGAUGGAGGCCUCUUCCCUCCGGCCGGUGACCCAGCGUGGAACGAUUGGGUUGCUGGCGGCGUAGGGCAUUGA